CAGACAAGUGCAGCGAAUCAAAUUUCAAAUCCCCCCCUCACAGCCCAGUCCAGUGGUCCAUUCCGGUCAUUAGUAAAUUCUGAGUCACUUUCUCUCUGCAGGGAGAAGAGCAAACUGUAACCAAGAAACGGCUGAAUCCCUACAGGACUUUCCUUCCACCUUCCGCCGGCAUCUGUAAAACAACAUCUUCAGCACAACAAAGCGACAAUGGUUCUGUAGCGUGUAGAAUCAGAGCGCACAGACUGUUUUCAACGUUACACCAGGACUGCAUUAGCAUCAUCAUAUACUACAGCAUUGGAAGCAGCAGCAAACAUCAAUUCCUGCAGCAAAAGACAUGCUCUCAAGACAGUAAAUCCCUAGUAAUACCUGGUAAGGAGAAGGUACAUAUUGUCAGGCUGCUUCUACUCCAGGAAUGGAAUAAUGCCCUUUAAGUUGAGACUGGCAUCCUGUUCUAUUAUUUGAGGAAAGAUAGCUGGGGUAUCAAUGGCGAAUCAACAACGCGGCCACCAUCUCAGAACCAUGAGUUCAGAGGAGAAAACAUUGACUCCUGUCCACAAAACAUCAACACCGACACAUAAGAGUGGCUCUUCGACUUCUUCCCACAGAGACAGUCGGCAGGAGGGCGACAGCUGGGAGAUCGUUGAGGGUCUGAAGAUUGGGCAAACAAAUGUCCAGAAGCCAGAAAAACAUGAAGGCUUCAUGCUGAAGAAGAGAAAGUGGCCCUUAAAAGGCUGGCAUAAGAGAUUUUUUGUGUUGGAUAACGGAAUCUUGAAGUACUCCAAGUCUCCCAUUGAUAUUCAGAAAGGCAAACUGCAUGGAAGUAUUGACAUUGGUUUGUCAGUGAUGUCAAUAAAAAAGAAGGCUCGGAGAAUUGACCUUGACACGGAAGAACACAUCUAUCAUUUGAAGGUCAAAUCCCAAGAAGUUUUUGAUGCAUGGGUGUCAAAGCUCCGACACCACCGCUUGUAUCGGCAGAAUGAAAUUGUGCGAUCGCCCAGAGAUGCCCCUUUUCACAUGUUUCCUUCACCUAAUGCGGAAUCGGCAAUGAAUGCAGCCGGAUCCGAAGGAAAGACAAAGCCGAAAACCUUACCCUGGCAGCCUCCCAUUCCCAGCACCAGCAGCUUACCUGCAUCAUACAGCAAUGGACAAAGCAAAGUGGCUGCUUGGCUACAAGAAUCUGAAGAGAUGGACAAGUGUGCAGAAGAGCUUGCAAACUGUCAGUCAGGCCUUGUGGAACUGAGCAGACUACUACAAAAUCUUGAAAUUCUGCAAAGGACGCAGUCUGCACCCAACUUCACUGACAUGCAGGCUAAUUGUGUAGAUAUAACAAAGAAAGACAAGCGACUGAGCAGAAGAUGGAGAACAAAAAGUGUCAGCAAAGAUACAAAAAUGCAACUUCAGAUUCCUUUAAGUGCUUCAAUGACCCCAGUCCGUUUGCACUCAUCCAAUCCUAACCUCUGUGCAGAUCUAGUGGAUUUUCAACCUCCUGUGAGCAGGCUCGCUGGCACACUUGAGUGUGCCACAGACUACAUCAAGCUGCAGGAGGAGUUCUGUCUGAUUGCACAGAAAGUCCAUUCUCUGCUGAAGUCUGCCUUCAAUACUGUAGCAAUAGAGAAGGAGAAGAUAAAGCAGCUCAUCUCUGAGCAGGAGCUGGUGGGCCACACUGCCCAGAUUAUGACACUGAAGAGGUCUUUAUCACAGGCUCUGACUCAGAAUGCUGAACUGAGGACUCGUCUUCACCGAAUUCACUCAGAAUCGGUUCUGUCUGAGCAGGUUGUCAGUGUAAAUAUCAUCCCCAGCACUGACGAGCCCAAUGAACAGAUUCACAUCAGCCUCCCGCUGACACAGCAAGCCUCCAACGAGAGCAGGCUGUCCAUGUCAGAAUCCGUUUCGGAAUUCUUUGAUGCCCAGGAAGUGCUGUUGUCAGCAAGCUCAUCGGAGAAUGAGGGAUCAGAUGAUGAAUCGUACGUCAGUGAUGUCAGUGACAACUUUUCAGAGGACAAUGCCAGUGUUGCAGAUAACAGGCAAAUACCAAACGGUGACCUGGCCGGGGGUGGAUUCCGCAACGGCCGGCGCACGUGCCUCCCUGCCCCCUCUCCAGAUACCAGCAACAUAAACCUGUGGAACAUCCUGAGGAACAACAUUGGAAAGGACCUGUCCAAGGUGUCCAUGCCAGUGGAGCUAAAUGAACCUCUCAACACCCUCCAGCAUCUCUGUGAGGAGCUGGAAUACACAGAGCUGCUGGACAAGGCUGCUGAGACAGAGGAUCCGUAUGAGCGCAUGAUCCUUAUUGCUGCUUUCGCAGUUUCCGGAUAUUCUUCGACAUACUACAGAGCAGGCAGUAAGCCUUUUAACCCUGUUCUUGGCGAGACCUAUGAAUGUAUAAGGGAAGAUAAGGGUUUGUGCUUUUUUGCAGAGCAGGUUAGCCACCAUCCACCCAUCUCAGCGUGUCACUGUGAAUCCAAGAAAUUUACUUUUUGGCAAGAUAUUAGAUGGAAAAAUAAGUUCUGGGGGAAAUCCAUGGAAAUACUCCCCAUAGGAAUCGUGAAUGUUGCACUUCCAAAGUACGGCGAUCACUAUGAAUGGAACAAAGUCACUACCUGCAUACACAACAUCCUCAGCGGUACAAGAUGGAUAGAACAUUAUGGAGAAAUAACAAUAAGAAAUACGAAAAGCAGCCUGUGUAUUUGUAAACUCACAUUCGUUAAGGGAAACUACUGGAGUUCAAGCGUGAAUGAAGUCCAGGGUUUUGUGAUGGACCAGGAAGGGAAGGUGGUGCAUCGGCUGUUUGGGAAGUGGCAUGAAGGGCUGUACUGUGGUGUUGCACCAUCUGCAAAAUGUAUAUGGAGGCCAGGCUCCAUGCCAACGGAUUACGAGAUGUAUUACGGCUUCACCAGAUUUGCUAUAGAACUUAAUGAGCUGUGCCCAACGAUUAAAGAUCUUAUUCCUCCAACUGACGCUCGUUUUAGACCGGAUCAAAGAUUUCUAGAAGAAGGGAAUGUAGAAGCUGCAACCAAUGAAAAGCAAAGGAUAGAGGAUCUGCAGAGAUCAAGGAGGAGAUACAUAGAGGAAAACAAUAUUGAGUAUCAACCACGUUUUUUCAAGAAAGUGAUUGAUGCCAAUCAGAGAGAAAAGUGGGUCACCAACAACACCUACUGGGAACUACGGAAAGUCCCUGGUUUCAGUACAUUGGAAAAUCCACAGCUUUGGUAACAUUUGGGUGGUUCGUGUUCAACACUUCAUCAUUUCUAACAAAGAAGCUUUUAUCUAUGCACAAAUAUUGCUGUUUCAUAUUUUCAGUAUCCUAUUUUUUUUUCUUUUGGUUGUGGGAAUAAGGAUAUUCUUCAAAACCCUAACAUUCUACUUCAAGAAAGGUCUUUAACAGAACAACUUGACUAUUCCCUUGCAUCAGGGGCAAUGUUCACCAGCCAUUGCUGUUGUCACAGCUUUCCCUGAACUGACAUGUAGAAAGUUGUCUGGGUGAGGAUGGGACUAGAAGUUACAGUCUUUGCCUUAAAACACAAUGAAAGCAUUUUGCAGACAUGUUAAACGUAUAUGAUGUAAGCUUUAGUACAGCGCUAUGAUUUAGUAGGAUGUAGAACUCUGAAUAUCAGAGUUGUCUGUAUUUUAAAAGUAUGCACAGCAUGUUUCAAGGGUGGCAUCCAUCAACCUAAGUUAUGUUGAAUUAACAUGUGCAAUGAUUCUUCAGUAGGACUACAAUAUAUUUAUAUUUCUGGAACAAAAAAAUGUAAUCCAACAUCUUUAUUUAAUGAUUUUAUUUUAAGAAAAAGUAUAAGUAAAAACAAACAUGUUUGUUGAGUAAUCUUGACAUUACUAAUGACCAUGGGUCAUUAGUAAUAUCAAGAUAAAUAUGGUAGUUUAUAUUCAGCAAGAUAUGUGGUAUAGCCAAAUUCUUUCCAAGGCUGGGUAACUGCUUGUAAAUAUCCUUUUUUAAAAUCAAAUUCAAGAAUAAGCAUAGUAUAUAUUGGUUGUAAUAAAUCGGCGACAAACACAUUUAUUUUCAGAUACUCAUACAGGGUAGCUGUUUGUCAAUGCUUGCUUGCUUCAUAUCGACAAGACCAGGCAAUCUAUGCUGGAACUGAACAUGUGAUCAAUACAGUCAAGAACAAAGCCCAUUACCUACCACGCUCCUAACAAUUUCUUUAGUUGAGAACAUAAUAAUGAUAUAUUUUUAAAAUGAGAAUAGAAAGUCUUUACUAGUACUUGCAUCCAUGUUUGCUUGAACCCCAAGCAAAAAAAUAAAUUCACCGGCUGGCCAGAAUUAUGCGUUACAUAAACAAAAAGAAAAAUUGUAAAACAUGUAAGUCUAAUCACCUUGUGUUAUGUGCUUCUGGAAUUUCUAGUUCUGCAUUGCGUCUAUGGCAGUUCUCCUUUGGUUAAGCUUUUGCAGCUGAAUUGUUAAGUCAAGUCACCUGUGCUGUUUGCAAAUGUGCCUCUUACUGAGCCACCCACACUACUCAAUUAAAGACUGUCAUUCAACUAUUGACCAUGACCACCUCUGCUUACCUUCCAAGAUCUCACAAGGUCAGAAUGCUAGUAGGCGCAAGAGAAUUAUGGGGUCAAGACAUUUUCUUUUUUUUUUUUAUUUGGCCUUUGGUCUUUUGUCCUGUUACUUUUAGCUGCAUUUCAGUUUCUAGUGAAUGCAUAUAAAGUCUCUCAGCCCUACAGAGAAUAUGGCUGUGGGGAAUCAUACAUUUAUGAUGACAGUGAAAAAAUAAAUCUUUGUUCCAUACCUUUUAAAGAGUAGGGUAUUUUAAGAAACAGCUUUUUAAUGAUUGUAUUUUAUUUCAGCUGUAAUGUGCAUAUUGGGCAUUCUUUCAUUAAGUGAAUGGUCGCUGUGAUACAGUAUCGGGUUGGUAUAACUCAAGCUUACAUGAUCUUUACAUACGUUCUUUCAAACCUAUUUCACAUGGAACAUGGAAUAUGCAAUAAUUGGUUUAAUUGGCAGUCAUUUCAAAAGUGGUUGUUUGCUGCAGUUCAAGGACCCCAAGGGGAAAUUUGUUACACUUCAUCUGUAUGUAUUAUACUUUUUUGUCUUAAACACUAUACUGUCCAAGCACCACAUGUGGUGACAGGUAUCCCUUUUAUAAUCUGGAACAAUCUUAUCAUUAUCAUAUUUAUUUUGCAAAACUUCCAAUGUACAUUUUUACAUCAAAGUGUAAAAUAUAGUACCAUAAUAUUUAUUUACGUAUCUACCAUGUCAUAUUGUAGCUUUCUUUGUAACAAUUCCACUUGAUGAGUCUUAAAGCAAUAAUUGCAAAACUGGAUGGGUUAUCUACUGGUACUAGUAUUAGCACUUUAGAGAAUUCUCCAUGUCAAAGCACCAGUAUGAGCACCUUUAGUGUGGUUCAACCCACAAAUAAAUACUGUACAAUGCUGUUGUGCUGAGUACUAGAAAAAAUAACAAUCCAACUGAGUAACAGUCUCCUGUUCCCAAAUACAGCUUAUUAAAAGCCUGUUGUAAUUGGCUCUGGGACUAUAUUCCUGUUAACGGGCCACAUUUUUCUUCUGUAUUUUUUUUUAAAUACAGUGUGGUUUAAUUUCAUGAUUUAAGAUCAAUGACAAACAUUUCAACUGGUAAUUAGUAUUGCUAUUAAAUGUUUAAUAGUUAUGGAUGAUUUAUCAGAGGAACCAGCAUUUGUGAAAAUGCAGUUCUGCAGUGGUGUUCAUUCUCAUACAGCUUGGUAUAGGAGCCUAACACAUCAGGUGCAUGCUUAUUCAUUCGGUUUUACUGAAAAUACAUGUUUGGAACAAAACAAUAUAAAAAAAAAUCACAAUCAGUCAAAAAAAAAAGUAUUGAAGAUACUGAUAUUUAUUUGUGCUCCAUUUUCUCUAGGUGAGAAAAUGUUGGCAGAAUAGUUUAGGAUGCGGGACAUGAUAUAGUAACCAUAAUGAAGAAUCUGGCUGACAAACAAAUGGAACAACCAAUGUUUCAUAUACCAGCGCUUUCCAUUGCAUCUUUUAAAUAAUUAAAAAUGAUACAAACUAUCCCAUGCUUUUUUUGGUGGGACUGAAUGUAUACAUCAAGUAGAAUCACUCCAUGCAAUGAAACCAAUCAAAUGGCCUCGAAGGUACUGUAUUAUCCAUUACAAUAUCUAUUAUUUACACUAGUUAUGUACUUUUGCUUAAAGGUUUUUGCAAUACAAUGACGGCAAAUAUGUUUACAUGCAAAGGUAUCAACUACAGGUUAAACCCGAGUUCUGUUACAGUAGUUGAGAGAAUUUCUGUUUUGGUUCCGACACGUUUUUCCUCUGUUGCAGUGUAAAUUUAUAAUUGCAUGUGCACAUGACAAGCCUGCCAAUGAAUGUUGCAAAUGCCUUAUGAAAAGGUAAUUUUUUAAAAAACAUUUUAAAUGUUAAAGACAGAGUGUCACACAGGGCUGUGUUGGACAGCCUUAAGAUAAAUAUUUAAGUCAAUUUUCUGAUGGAUAUCUCUGAAAAAGUGCAAUUGUAUAAUUACUACAUAUACAUAUCUUCCCAUGAAAACUCUGUACACUGCUGCUAUCUAGUGCUUGUUCUAAUAAAAACAUAUAACAGAA